AGUAAAUACAUAUAUAUAUAAUCAUAGUGAAGGUGUUUCUCUCUCAGGGAUUCUGGCACCACUGGUGAAAAUACCAUCUGUCUCUACUGUCCUCUCUCAAUUCUGCACAUUCAAACUACAGAAGAGAAGAUAAUCUAUUUGCAUUCAGAAAUGCAUUUGUUUCUUAUUGCUGUUGGUCAGAGUUAGUCACUGCAAGUGCAUACAGGUUUCUCUUGACAAAGUGUAGAGUUAAAGUUGCAAAAGGUUAGUCUUGUGAGAGAAACAAAAUAACAGGGCAUGUACCGACAAGAUAAGAGGGCGGACAGAGAAUGCUACCUGCCAAAAUAUCGACGUUCUGAUUGGCUGAUGACAACGUCACUCAUUUUGAAGUCCUGUUCGCAGCCAGGAAAGCACUUAGCACAAGUUUUGGAACUCAGCCUAGUGAGCCUUCUACCUGGCCAAGGUCUUGUCCGCGGUCCCUAGCCUACAAAAAACAACGCUGGUGACCGGAGAGGUCGUAACUGUUACUGAUCGAUGAUGGCCUCGCAGAAAGGGACGUUUGCUGGCGUUUUACUUUGUCUCGGUGAGUUUACUGAUCUUAUAUAAUUUCAUAAAUGUCUCUGUGCUAUACAACAAGAGCCACACCCAUGUGUUUUUUUUAGACAUGUAUAUGGUAUCGGUGUGGCGUCGCCUCACGUGUUCAGCUCAUCUUGUUUUGUACAAAUUGGUAGAAUAGGAUGCACUUAACGUAUAUCAAAAAGCAGAAACUAAAAUAAUGCAAUACAUUUAGUAUUUACUGCCUGGCGUCCAGAGAGAAGAAACAGAGAGCAACGUCAUUUAAAAGACAUUGAGUCUGUUGCUGCACCUGUGCGUCAAUCUAAGUAACAUAAUAAAACAAUCCCCAUCUAAAUCCAUCCAUUUAAAGUAGAGAUACCAGUUUUUUUGCAAUGAACGACCACUAUGGAAAGGGGGAGACUCUCACGAACACGAUGGUAUUCUCUGUUUUGGACUAUUUAUUUUACCUUUCAUUUAACUAGGCAAGUCCGUUAAGAACAAAUGAUUAUUUACAAUGAUGGCCUACCCUGACCAAACCCUCCCCAAACCUGGACAACGCUGGACCAAUUGUGAGCAGCCCUAUGGGACUCCCCAUCACAGCUGGUUGUGAUACAGCCCGGGAUCGAACCCGGGCCUGUAGUGCGAUGCAGUGCCUUAGACCGCCCGGACUAGUCUUAAGAUAACCCAUACAAACCAAUGGAGGUCGUUUUGCUCCAACAAAUAUAUUCACACAAAAAAUCUACAAUAUAGAAAUAUUGCUUUCCUAUCUCCUAGGUAUAGGAGGAGACACUUCAAAACCUUAUUCCUUUAUGAUUUAUUUUUUGACUGUCUUUUAUGCCAUUUAUGAAUACUAUUCAAUGUGUUUCUAUGGGCUAUAGUAGUAAAGGCCAAAUUCAAUAUUUUAUCAAAUAUAUGUAUUUUUUUUAUUUUAGGGGUCCUAAAAUUAUAAAUCCAAUAGCUAAAUGAUCCAUGGUAUGACCAUAUUAAAACAAUUCCAUAUGUUAGUUUAGUACUCUAACCCUAGUAGCUAACCCUAACCCUAGUAGCUAACCCUAACCCUAGUAGCUAACCCUAACCCUAGUAGCUAACCCUAGUAGCUAACCCUAACCCUAGUAGCUAACCCUAGUAGCUAACCCUAACCCUAGUAGCUAACCCUAGUAGCUAACCCUAACCCUAGUAGCUAACCCUAGUAGCUAACCCUAACCCUAGUAGCUAACCCUAGUAGCUAACCCUAACCCUAGUAGCUAACCCUAGUAGCUAACCCUAACCCUAGUAGCUAACCCUAGUAGCUAACCCUAACCCUAGUAGCUAACCCUAGUAGCUAACCCUAGUAGCUAACCCUAACCCUAGUAGCUAACCCUAACCCUAGUAGCUAACCCUAACCAUUUGUUAAUUCCUUAACAAUUUGGAGUUAAUUCCUGAACUUAACCCUAAACUUAAAUUCAGAGUUAAUGCCUAAACUUAACCUAAAACACUUUAAGGUUAAAAUUCUGUAAUUUUGAUGAGGGCUGAUAGUUAGAGAGUGCUGGAUGACACAGGCAGGAGAGGAGAGGUGCCCAACCCUAAAACACUUUGCAUUCCCACUGAAGGACAACAGCCUCCAUAUGAAUCCAUGUGAAAACUAAUGCUUUUUAUUUUUCCAGUCAUGUAAAUCUCGCUAUAAUAUUUAUAUAAUAGUGUACGUCGGUGUGGUUAGAAUGUCCGCCCUGAGAUUGGGAGUUUGAUAUCUGGCUGUGUCGUCCCAAAGACUGUAAUGGGAGCAUUGAGGUGAUUGGGGGGGGGGAAGGCCCUGCGAUUGGCAAGUGUCCUGUCCAAGGGUUGUACUUGUGGAAACAGUUCUGUCUUGCACAAGCCAAGGUGCUUCUCCCUCCCUUACUGUCAGUGGGUGUAACCUUUAGUUUCUAAAGCCCUGUCAUAACGGAGGACUACAUAAUAAGACUCUAUGACAUUACCCGUGUGGGUUUAUAUUGCUGGAUUUGUCAGAAGCAUUUAGGGAAAACUUCACCCCAGAUUGAAACCACUAUCUUUGACUUCGUCAUCUAUUGUUUUCUCCAAAGUGUUGGCAUUUUACAUAAGAGACAUGAGUUUUUCUACAUUGUAAUGAACAUGGUGCAACCUUGUGUUGGCAGGCUUCGGCCGCAGUCCAGCAGUACAGCCAAGUCGCCCCGUGCUUAUGGUUCUCACAGGGGAAGUGAAGUGAUUGGCUACAAUGACAGAAUGGAUAAACCUGUUUCUUUAAUUAUCUUUUGCUGGUGCAUGUCCAAUGUAGCAAUAAGGUACGAGGAGGUGUGUUAGAUGCCCAACUCCACGUUGUUUCGUGCAUGGACACAGCCCUUAGCCGUGGUAUAUUGGCCAAACAACACAUACCCCCGAGGUGCCUUAUUGCUAUUAUAAACUGGUUACAGUACCGACGUAAUUAGAGAAGUAAAAUGACAUGUUUCAGCAUUCAGGGCCGGAACCAUCCAGUUUAUAAUAUAGGAUAGACGCUUGUGGUUUCUAGCUGCACCAAUCAGAGCAGUGAAGCGUGUCGUCGUGAAGCAACACUUUAGUGGUCAAAACCAUUCAUGCAAUUAUAUAAUUUAUAAAAUGGUCAGUUCCUAUCUCUCACUCUCUCGCUAUAAUAUAUACUAUUUUAAUUCUGAUCAUUUUCUGGAAAAUGAAAAGUGGAGGUGCAAAAACUUUAGUUCCUCCCUGUUUUAAUUUGCUCCUUGACUCAGGUGGCCAGGUGUAUGUUACGGAGGAAAGCUGCUUGGCUCCAUGGCUCAGGUGGCCAGGUGUGUGCUUCGGAGGAAAGCUGCUUGGCUCAGGUGGCUAGGUAUAUGCUACGGAGGAAAGCUGCUUGGCUCAGGUGGCCAGGUGUGUGCUACAGAGGAAAGCUGCUUGGCUCAGGUGGCCAGGUGUGUGCUACGGAGGAAAGCUGCUUGGCUCCAUGGCUCAGGUGGCCAGGUGUAUGUUACGGAGAAAAGCUGCUUGGCUCCAUGGCUCAGGUGGCCAGGUGUGUGCUUCGGAGGAAAGCUGCUUGGCUCAGGUGGCUAGGUGUAUGCUACGGAGGAAAACUGCUUGGCUCAGGUGUCCAGGUGUGUGCUACGGAGGAAAGCUGCUUGGCUCAGGUGGCCAGGUGUGUGCUACGGAGGAAAGCUGCUUGGCUCAGGUGGCCAGGUGUGUGCUACGGAGGAAAGCUGCUUGGCUCAGGUGGCCAGGUGUGUGCUACGGAGGAAAGCUGCUUGGCUCAGGUGGCCAGGUGUGUGCUACGGAGGAAAGCUGCUUGGCUCAGGUGGCCAGGUGUAUGUUACGGAGGAAAGCUGCUUGGCUCAGGUGACCAGGUGUAUGUUACGGAGGAAAGCUGCUUGGCUCAGGUGACCAGGUGUAUGUUACGGAGGAAAGCUGCUUGGCUCAGGUGGCCAGGUGUAUGUUACGGAGGAAAGCUGCUUGGCUCAGGUGACCAGGUGUAUGUUACGGAGGAAAGCUGCUUGGCUCAGGUGACCAGGUGUAUGUUACGGAGGAAAGCUGCUUGGCUCAGGUGGCCAGGUGUAUGUUACGGAGGAAAGCUGCUUGGCUCAGGUGGCCAGGUGUAUGUUACGGAGGAAAGCUGCUUGGCUCAGGUGACCAGGUGUAUGUUACGGAGGAAAGCUGCUUGGCUCAGGUGGCCAGGUGUAUGUUACGGAGGAAAGCUGCUUGGCUCAGGUGGCCAGGUGUAUGUUACGGAGGAAAGCUGCUUGGCUCAGGUGGCCAGGUGUAUGUUACGGAGGAAAGCUGCUUGGCUCAGGUGGCCAGGUGUGUGCUACGGAGGAAGAACUUUGCAGAUGUUUCUGAUUAAUAUACAAUGCCAUGCUGUUGGGUGGUUACAUUGAAAUAAAACACAGCGCUGACAAUAAAUGUAGACUGGAAAGUAUUAGCAUGUUAUGUCCUAUUGGGGAAACACAGCAAUGACAAUAAAUGUAGACUGGAAAGUAUUAGCAUGUUAUGUCCUAUUGGGGAAACACAGCAAUGACAAUAAAUGUAGACUGGAAAGUAUUAGCAUGUUAUGUCCUAUUGGGGAAACACAGCAAUGACAAUAAAUGUAGACUGGAAAGUAUUAGCAUGUUAUGUCCUAUUGGGGAAAUGCAGCGCUGACAAUAAAUGUAGACUGGAAAGUAUUAGCAUGUUAUGUCCUAUUGGGGAAAUGCAGCGCUGACACGGAAAAUAUCCAAUGUCCCCACUUCGGAUUUCCCACUUCAAGCCCAAAUAUAUCAUACUUUGAAUAAAACAAUGACUUCUUGAAUUAUUGUGCAACAUCAUGGGAAUCGUCUUUCAGUUGAAAAGAAUCAUUCUGCUCUUGUGGUCCUUUAAGGUUUCCUCUCCUUCGAGUUGGUGGCAGCUCAUUUGCCAUUAGUUUUAGUGUUACAGAGCACUUCAUUUUAACAGUGUUCACCUCCUACAGCUCAAUACGUCAGUGUCUGUAAAACCUGUCUUCCUGUUUCUCCCUG